AUGAGUAGCGAUACCCGCCAAACCUCCGGUGGUAACGCCAGGUCGAAACGGCGAUUAACCGAUGCGGUCGACGAGGAUGGCAGACCGACCGCCACGGCCGAAGAUCCUACGUCUAAUCCAAAACGCCAACGAGUCUCUCGAGCCUGCGAUAGCUGCAGAUCGAAGAAGGAUAAAUGCGACGGAGCUCAACCAAUAUGCUCGACGUGCGCCUCUCUUUCGCGACCAUGUACCUACAGAGCCAAUCCGAAGAAGCGCGGCCUCCCGACUGGAUACAUUCGCACGUUGGAGUUGCUAUGGGGGCUUGUGUUCAAUAAGAUACAGGGCAGUGAGGAGGUCGUCCGGACAUUAUUGAGGGCGGCAAAUAUUCCCAGCCACCUGGCAACCAUGGGGAAAGAGUCGGAGGGGUCUGAUACACUGCUCUCGUCUUGGAAAAACAGCAUUGUCUUGAAAGAGAUUGAACGUCUCUUGACGUUUCUCGAGCAACCGGAAGGGGACCAAGAAAGAAGCGCGAGAGGAGAAAUCGAUUCCCCAGCGGAUGCUGAAGAAAGCAGUGUGCUUUCUCCGGAGACGCUUGAGUGGCAGCUUCCAGAUUCUAUCGCGGUUGCGAGUCAAAGCCCGUUAGCGUCUGGGCCAUCCCCAGUGAGGCUGCCUAGGCCAUCCACAACCCGUCUCGUCAGGGACUCUGGCACGCAAACGAUUCCCCUAGGAGAAAUCGAAGACCUUACCACUAACGGAUCAUCCCACGAUCGGCCUGUGAUCGCUUCCAAUUCUGCCCGAGAAGAACACCGCUUGCCUCCUAACCCUUGGCCUUUACUUGAUAUAUACUUUUCCUACACGCAAUGUUGGUUCCCAAUAUUAGAAAAACACGAUAUUCUUCGAACAGCUUUCCGCCAAGGUGACGAUGACCAAUACAACUCUCCAUCCGCCGCAGGGGACAACGCGGCCUUGUGGGCUGUUCUAGCACUUGCCUCAAUCCAACAAACCUCAAUAUCCACUACGCGCCAGUUAUCAGACUUACCAGAGGACCGACCUGAUCCUGAUCAACUAUAUGCCAAAGCACGGAGUCUUAUCCCAACAGAGAGUGGGACCUACCAGCUCGGCCAUAUUCAAGCGCUCUUAAUCCUGUCAUUGAUAAAGCUUGGCCAGCAGGACUGCGCAGCAGCGUGGAUGCUUGUAGGACAGGCUGUUAGGUCUGCCCAGAGUCUAGGGUUAAAUGAUCCUUCCGAUGCUACGGGAGUAGAGAAGACCGCUGGACGGUCCAAACAUGUUUUUCUAGGGUGCUUUGUGCUGGAGACUCUAGUUGCUGCUAAAUUAGGCCUGUUGCCUUCGCUGCGCAAGACUGACUUGACAAAGGUUGGGUUAAUAAAUGAAGAUGGUUUGGAAGAAUGGCACCCUUGGGAAGACCAGACUGGACUUCGCCCGAUAGAAUCAUCCCGCUCUUUCCAACGCGGGCCCCUCCAUGCUCUCAGCACUUUCAACCGUCUGCUCUCGCUAAUGUGCAUUCUGAAUGAGUUAUGUUGCGUGAGGCAAACACCAGCGAAUUCCAUGUCAUAUCUAGGGACUCUUGAGCGACAACUGCAGCUUUGGGUCUCGGCACUUCCUACAAGUUAUCGGAUAGACCUGCAGACAGUCUCGACCAAGCCGGCAUCACCCCACAUAUUCGGCCUAGAGAUGAUGUACGAGGCCGUUGCAACCGCUAUAAGCUUACAGCUGGCAGUCCAGAAAAACGAAAGAAACGGAUUACGACGUGCUUCGGAAGGCUCCAAGCGGUUGGUCUCACUACUUCAAGCCUACAUGGAGACCUAUAGCCUUUCUGCUACCUGCCCGACUUUCGGUAUAGCUCUGACUUUAGGCCUUCCACUUCCCUGCAUGAAGAAAACUGCCCCAUGGGCCUUUGAGGCUUCUCAUGGCAUCAACCACAAACUCCAAUCGUUUUCUGCCCAUCUCGCAACGGUUUGGAUCCAUAAUACUGGCUCGCAGAGAAGACCGAGACACGCUACACAGCAAGGUACCCAUCCAAGGAGUCCGAUGGCCAUAAGCCUGCCCGGAAACAAUAUGCGUUUGACGAACUUAAUCGAAGAAUCUCGAACUGGGAAUCUUUCAACCACUGACUCAUAUCUUUCGCCAACUUGGAUGCGGACUUCGAACGAUGAAAACGCUGUAUUAUCUCUACCGACGCCAGCAUCGUCUCUUAAUAUCGCGUCUGGAGUUGAAACGAACCCUACUUCGCAGCAAAUCACCCAUCAACAUCGCUCUUCGGUCGUUGGAAAGCCUAACUCAGCACUGAUAAUGUCCGACCUGACGACGCCUUUUCCUGCGUCCGGUCAUCACUAUCAACAAACGUAUGAUGAUGCCAGUUUGCACUUCAAUUCUUUAGCCGACAUCGAGAGCACUAGCUCAGCACAACGACCAAGGAUUGCUCCUGACCUCGAUGCCUUGUUUGACGAGUUGGCCUCGCUUGAUGGGACAGAUAGGUAA